GAUAUUCCAUACAUGGCCGCAGCUGAUCUGAGCUGGCUCUGAUACCGGCGUUAUAUUCCAUCAAAUAUCGAUUCUCCAGUCACCAUGGAUGCGCUAUGGAAACACAUCGCCCAGUCCUGCCUUGUCCUGCUCUUCCUGCUCGCUGCUGGACAGAGUACGACCAAAAUGAAGGAGAAGUGUGGCACUUGUCGUGACAUCACUGAAGCCUUUGCAAAGGGCAUAAAAAGAACAGAAAAGUCCAAUUUUGGAGGCGGUAACACAAGAUGGGAGGAAAAUUCUCUGGGAUCCUGGCGCUUUAGCGAAACUAGAUUUGUAGAUAUUCAGGAAAAGUUAUGUGACGAUAUAUCUGAGGAAAAAAAGGCGUCCUCAAGUCUUCUAAACUUUACUUCCUACCCAACUGGUGGGAUUCAUCUAUGCCAUGCCAUGGUAGAAGAGCAUGAGGAGGACCUAGAGAGUUGGUGGUUCAACGAUUUCAAAAAGGGGACGGAAAAAUUUUUAUAUGAUCAUUUAUGUUUGGAGAAAAUGAAAGUAUGUUGUGAAAACGGUACAUAUGGUGCUGAUUGUUCACCCUGUCCUGGUGGGAAAGAUAAACCAUGCAAUGCUCAUGGUGACUGUGAUGGUAUUAGUACCAGAGGUGGCACAGGACGUUGUUUAUGCCACGCUGAAUAUGCUGGUGACCAGUGCACGGAGUGUAGGGAAGGUUAUUAUGAAAAAGAGAAAAAUGAUACUUAUUUAGAAUGUGCAGAUUGCCACGUAUCGUGUAAAAACUGCACAGCUGGUGGUCCAAGGGACUGUAUAACAUGUCGCGAAGGCUAUAACCAGACAGAGGAAGGCUGUAUAGACUUUGAUGAAUGUUCUGUGCAACCAACUCCCUGUAAAGACAAUGAAUACUGCUCAAAUACAGUAGGAUCAUUUUUGUGCAUGGCUUGUAAUGCAGCCUGUGAUAGAUGCCUCGGUGAUGGUGAUGACAAGUGUGUCAAGUGUAAAGAUGGGUACGAGAUGAAGGAGGGAAGAUGUGAAGACAUUGAUGAGUGUGAAGAGGAUGCAACACUGUGCCAAGCUGAUCAGCAGUACUGUGUCAAUAAGCCAGGCAGUUAUAACUGUGCCUGCAAGAAGGGCUACGAGUUAGUUGGGAGCCAAUGUGUGCCAAAGUCAAUGCUCGACAAUAACGAGAAAAAGAAACAAACCAAGAAAAAACAGAAGAAGUCUAAAGGCCUUUAUGAUGAAGCUCCCCCACACACCGACAUCAUCUAUGGUGGUGUUCUAGUCCUCUUCUGUAUAACAGGAAAACUAUUAAAAGGCCAUGUGCCAGGAUCCAUGUUGCUUUGUAUAGCUAUGGGGUUCAUGUUCUUUAGAAUGGGGUCCUACUAUGGAUAAUUGACUUCGGUGAUAAGAGCUGAGAGAUUGAAUAGAAAACCAGACAAAUGUGCAGUCGAUUUUGAUAAUUCCUGCAUAUUCUAUGAUCCGAAACAUUUCAAAUUACUCAACAGUUUAGCAAUGCCAGUGGAAUUAGGUCUGACUGAACUGGAUCUGCUAGUACUUGGCACAGUCGGGUUUAGUCAGAAGCCUGAGGAAAUCCAGAAUCUGUGUGAUAGACCACAUAUACUUUCUUUUCAAUGUCUCGGCUGCUUUUAAAUUGAUGACUCGUUUAUGCAAUAACCCAUCCUUUGAAUAGUAUUUCUUGUACAUGUUCAAAACAAGAGCAAAACUCAAUCUAAAAUCUCAUUAGAAGAAAAAAUUAAUCAAACUUAGUUGACCAUUUUUACAGGUGUCCUCUUCAAAUUUUUUUAUUAGUAUGCAUUCCUCUCUAUCUCAUAUAAUCAUUGAAACUCAUAAAAAAACGUUGUUGAAGUCAUUCAUCUGCUACUUAUAAUCAAAAUGAUAUUGAGUAAGGAAACGAUCUAACCAUCCAAAUUUCCAUCAGCCAGUCUAUGUGUGAUGGUACCCCAGAUAUUGUCAUGAGACUAGCUGAUGAAAAUUUGGAUGGCUAGAUUUAUACCGCUAUGGUUUAAUGAAUCUACUCUUAUCAUAAAACCCAUUGCAUUUCUAUUGUUUUGUUAUAUUUUUUGUUAGAUUGUCAUAAUAGUUUGAACAUAUAUAAAUGUAGCUUGCUCAUUUGUUAACAAAGCAAUAAUGACUGUAGACUAUAAUCUUUGACAGUUGGAAUAUGAAACUGUUUGACCUCUUUGUAUCUCGUGGUUUGUUUGUGGCAUGGUGGAAAGAGAUUUUUUGGCCCAAUUCCGUCAGCCCGUUUUAUGUGGUGUAAAUUAUAAUAAAUUUGAAAACAAAGUCUCUGUAAAAUUCUGGCCAUUGAACUUCUUGUGUUUUGUGAUGAACCAGGCUGUCGCUUCUGUAAAUUGUACCCGGUAGCCCUCCCCUCCCUUGGGGUAGCAAACUAAUAUCUGCGCUGUUUGACUGUUAUUUGUUUGCUGCUGAUAUGUUAAUGGUAAUACACUGUUUGCUAGAUGCCUAACGUGUAUGUCUCUCCUGGGCAUUACUGUUUUAAAGUUGAAGACAAGUUUCAUGUACCUUAGACUUACAGUCUUGGGGGUCAGCAUUUCUAUGCAAAUAUGCAUGUCUACAUUCCUUGGUUCUUUAAUAUGCUGAGUGGCUGAAAUGUAUAGUCAGUGAAUUGAAACUAGAAAGUCCUUUGUGGUCAUGAAGCUUGCCUUGAGAUACCAUUGUGAAACAAUUGAUACAGCUCUCAUCCUGCUCAAAGCACGGGACAAAUCUUGACAGCUAUAACUGGCCUCACUUGACUCGCCAAAAUAAGCAGCCGAGGUAUGCCAACAGAAAGAGAUUUUAUACCAUUUCGUAGAACUUGCCUCCACGACAAUCUACAUCCAAUUUUUCUAUUUAUUGCCAGAGUGAUCGAUGUCGGGAGUGGUGUUUUUUAAAUAAAUUGAUAAAACGAUAACCAUCUUUUUUAAGUUCUUCAUGUUAGUGUGGCUGUGUGACAUCAACCCCCCCCCCCAGUUCAUUUUCAGCCUCAUGCAAUAAAUAAAUGAGACAUAUCUAAUAUAACAUUCAAGCCGACUGUACUUCCUAAAUCCAUGAAAUUUCCUUAUACUGUUGACUGUGUUGGUUCUCAAUUUUACUCCCAAUGUGUUGUUUUGGCAGCUACUCAUUGUUUUCGGGAACACCCUGUUUCUACUUCUUCCUCCUUAUACCCCUCAACUUCUCUAACUAUCAAACCUCUGAAAGUCAGUAGGAUGCCUUGCAUGUGCCUUAUGUUUUUGUGCUUGUGCCCGGAAUGGUCAAUAAUGGAAACUGGACUAUUAUAACUUGUGACAGUCCAGCUGCAAGUGUCCAAGGGAGGAGCAGACUGUGUCCAUCUCUGGAUGAAGUUAGCACUGUUCUUAAACCCAACUUUGUCUGCCUUCUGAUUAUUUGUGUGACAAUUCAUGUGUGUUUAAAGUAGACUUUUUUCAAAAGUGGUGGAAAUUGUGAUGAUGAGACACAGACUUUGUCUUUGACUAAAUUUCGACCACUUUCCUACUGAGUACAUGUAAGUGAUUAACUCUUUCUGUUUCUUGUAGUGUGCUGCUUCUGUUGGCGUUGUAUGUUUUCAUUUGGUGUAUUGCUGCACGUUUCUGUUGGUGCCACCUAUGGCAAGGAUCUUGUCUCAGUGACUUUAGAAAGUACAGUUCUGGAAUGAGUUUGGUUUCAAUU